AUGGUGCAUAUUUCAAACAGAAAUAUCCAGGUCAUGAACACAUUCUUGUCUUCCUGGACCGUAUUCUUUUUGGCAAUAGGAAUCAUCAUGAAAGAAUGGGUCAUAUUGAUUUCAGAAAACAAAAAAAUCAAGAAGAUCCACAGUCCAUGGAUGGUGUGCUGCACUACUCUUUGGCCAGAAGAUAACCUGAAAGUGAUCAGGAUUAUGAUGAUUUCGGCCCUUGGCUUUUCCUUCUUCCUUAACUUGAUGCAGGGUUUGAAACUCACCUAUAUGAUUCCUCAAAACAAACUUGUCCAUGUUAUCGCUGUCAUCCUCAAUUUCCUCUCAGGUACCCUUCUGCUCUGCGCACUCCUACAAUACUACCAUAAGCUGAAGCAAGGUCAAUCCGUGUACUUCGCUAGUUACAAGAUCACCUGGAUCACUUUCACUGCCUUCUUAAACGUUUUCAUCCUUUUUGUCUGUGGAAUCCUCUCUGUCCUGGAGUGCAUGCAGUUCACCAAAAGCUGUAGCUGCCUGAACAUUCAUAAAUCUGCCAACGACUGUAAGGAAUCUUCAUUACCAGAAUGCACUACAAUACCUCAUAGCAUUGUCCAUGUGUACCCCACGAAUUCAAAGAAGGAUACUCCAAACAAACAAGUCCAAACACAUCACGUAACCUGGACCCUAUGA